AUGACUGCAUUGUUUAUGCGGCCAUAUUGGAUUUUAGUGUUGCACUGUUUAAUGGUACAUUAGUUUGCUGGUGCUAUAUUGGUAUCGUUUUCCCUAGUUUACAGCUGGCAGUAUGAGUGACCAAGGCAGUGAUGAAGAUGUUGAGCAGGGAGAGCAGGUGAUGGAAGAGGAUGAGGAUAGGGAAGAAGAUGAGCAGGCAUAUACCCCUGCUAUAUCAGCUCUACCCCCUAAGGUGGUCCUGCAGGAAGAGAGCCAGAUGGAGGUCUCAGCCAGUCCUGCCUUCGUCUGCUUAGAUGAGUUGUUCCAUGCUGGCAAACUAACAGGAACUCGAGUGGCAGUUUUAAAAGCCAAGUACACAGAGCUCCAUGAUUUUCUUAAAAAAACAAGAGACAGUGAAACAAAGCUUCUGCAGCAGGCCAAAGACUUCACCAUGCAGCUAGAGGGACAGAAAGUGGAGCUGGAGAAGGCAGACAAUUUCCCAGAGAGUUACAACACAGAGGUCUCCCAGAUGAGGGCCAAGCUACUCAAGUAUAAUAACGAGCUGGCUCAGGCUGAAGAUAGGGACUACCAGUUGGCUUAUAAACUUGAGAACCUGGAGGAGGAAAAGAAAAUACUACAGAGAGAGUAUGAGAGGCUCCCUAAACAAGAGGAAAUUGAAAAGAAAAUCAAAGAACUCCAAAAUGCUGCUGAUGAACUAAGAAAGGAGAUCGCUCAGAGGCAAAUUGAGGCUAAAAACUUGCGAGAGGACCUGGAAACGAGGAAACGCCAGUACCAAGUAGAUUAUAAGGACUUUGAAGCGGAGGUCUUCAAGAUGGAAACACUUAAAGGUGAUCUUGUUGCUGUCAAUUCCUUGCCAAGUCAGAUUGGAAAAGAAGCAGACAAGAAACAAAGGAAAAAAGAUGAACUAGACAAGCAAAAGAAGGAACUGGACAGUGAGUACAAGGAACUACUGGCAGCCACACAGCAACUGGAGAUGAAACGACAAAAACUGGAAGACGAGAAAUUUGACAUGGACACACAGCUGGACAAGGAGCGGGCCAUGCUGGAGGACAAACAACGCGAGUACGACCAGCUCCACAAGGAGUGUGACUAUGCCAAGAACAGGAUACAGGUCCUGAUGGAGGAUAGUGCUCAACUGGACUUCAGCCUGCGUCACUCUAACUUAGAGAAGAAGAGUCAACACGAGGUGGUGUCUAAGAAACAGCGUGACAAGGACAAGGAGCUGAGGAAUCUGAAGAAGGCAGAACUUCAGUUCAAGGUGGCAGAAGAUGCUCUAAGUCACACCAAAGCUGUCCAUGAGAAGGCCAAAGGAUCGGUUGAUGUGUUCCCCAAAGAUGAUGGCAGCAUGCAGCAGAAGAGACAAGAUCUUCAGAAGGAAGUGGACAAUGCCAAGAGAGCCCUGGCCCAAGAGAACUCCCUGACAGCAGUGGAACAGGUGAAGGUAGAGCAGAGUAUAGCAGAGGAGGAGCAGUUGUUGUACGAACAGAGUGACCUGAGGAUUGAGGUGGUAGAACUCACCAGGCUGGCAGCCAUCAAGGCUGAUGAGAGAGAGCAAAAGGCCAGAGAUUUCAUGAGAGCUGAGAUGAGGUACCACAGGGCUAUAGAAGACCUCAAAACAAAACAGUUACAGAUCCAGGAUCAUGCUAAAAAGUAUCAGGAGAUGCAAGUCAAGUUAAAAGAAUUUGCCAAACUGUACGAUGUCAUCAAGAAUGAGAGGAACAAGUGUGUCAACUUGAUCCAGGUCAGCACUCAGAAAGCUGCAGAAAUGAGAGAAAAGAUUAAGAUCUUGUCCAAUGAGAUAGAAAUCCUGAGAACAGCUGCAAUGAUGAAAGAAAGGUCUCUCCAGAAGAGUCGAUUGAAGCACAUCAACAGUAUAGUGAUCAGAGACAGCCUGAGGAAUGAGGUGGCCAAACAGGAGAGGAUAGAUGAUGAACUGAGAGAGAAGAGAGAGCAGCAGAAGAUGGACAUUGCUAAGCUGAACAUGAUGAUCAACCAAGCAGAGCAGCAGAUGGUGGAACUCAGGAAACAGUAUGAGACUUCUGUACAGCACAGAAAUGACAGGGGUAUUGUUCUAGUUCAGACAGAUGAAGAGGUGUGUAUAUUCUAUGAAAAAGUCAACAUUCAGGAGACCAUGAUCAGGAAUGGUGACGUGGAACUCUCUGCCAGGGAGGAGGAGAUCCGUUUCCUCAACAUGCAGAUGAAUGAGGAGAAGAGGGCCAUUGAGUUGCUGAGAAAACAGCUUCCUAACAAGAGAAUGCUGGACCAGGAGCUGGUCACUCUACAAAUACAGCUGUCCCAGUGUCAGGACCGUAUGUUGGAGCUAGAGAAGCAGCUAGAGAACCCGUAUGAUGAGACCAGGGUCAGAUAUCUAGAGGGCAGUGACCCCUCCCCGGCACAGCUACAGACUAAACUAGAGGAGUUAGAAGUACGGCUAGCAGAGAAAGAAGAACAGUUACUAGAAAAAGACCUCAUCUUUGAGCAAGACACACGGUUAACAGAGAGAGUGAAGAGAAGGGCUGGAGCUGGAAAAGAUGACACACUAGCACUUGCUAAAAAGGUUAAUGACCUCCAAGGUAAAAUCAAAGAAAUGACGCGUAAGAUGAUGGCACAGGUGUCAGAGCUGUCCAUGCACCAGGCAGCCGCCAUGAAGCUUCAGCAGGAAGUGAAGGAGAAGGAGGCGGAGCUGGAACAGUGCUACAUACGCAUGGAGAAAGGGGAGCCACCUAGUGAUGAGAUUGAGAGGGAGUGGCAGCGCACACUGCGAGAUGAAGAGAGGAGGUUACGAGACAAGGAGAUGCAGAGCAUGGUUGAGGCCGAGGCUGAGCAAUAUACUCUACCUGGAGGUAUCACCACGGCUGCCGAGCCAAGACCAAAUGCGUACAUUCCAGACGACGACAGUGAACUUCCCAUUCCACGACCUUAUGGCGCACAUGCCCCCUUCAAACCACAAGAGCCUGGCUCGACCAUGAGGCACAUACGAAAACCAGUGCCCAAGCCUAUUGAAAUAUAGAUCCAUUAUGUCAAAAAUGCUUCUUGUAAACAUUGUGAUGCCCACUGUUUCAUUAUGGCAGUGUACUAGAGUGAUUUAGUGGUUGAUGUUAUUUUACAUGAUGACCCGUCCAGAAAGAUGAAGUUACUGUGAUAUUUGCUAUCAUGUUUUACAUGAUCUUUGUGUAUAAUCUGACUAUUUCAGACAGGAUAGCAUUACCCUUACAAUGAGAUUUUAGGAUAAUGAAUUAAGCAAAUUUGAAAAGAACACUACUGGUUGAGAGUGCUGUCAUGCUGGGACAAUUUAUACAGGAUUAUUUAUGUGGAAUCUGCCAGUAGUUGUCCUACGCCCAUUUUUAUUGUUCAGAUGGUAUUAUUUAUGGAAGUUGGACACUGUAUUGUUUUUUUUUUAAUAUUUGUUGUCUGAUUACAAUGAACUGAAAGAAAACUACCUAUACUUUAUCUACCUACCAUGUAGAGAAUUUUUUGAUGUUUAUUUUUUCAUUUUGAAUUGUAGUAAUGAUUAUUUUAACACUUUUAUUCAUAAAGUUGUUUUAAUGAUUUUUGUCUUGGCUGUGUAGACAGAAGAGUUUGAAGUCAAGUGAAAUUGGGCAUCACACCAAAAUUUGUACAGAAAUAUAGAUUGAGCAAUAUUUAUCAUGUAUGUACAUAUAUGUAUAUAAUUGUUAA